UUCCACCGCGGAAGUGAAAGAAGAAGGAUCGAAAUGUUCGCUAAAGCCUUAAUCCUUGCCUUUGCCGUUGGGGCAUCCUACUGUCAGGAGCAUCACUAUGCUCUCAAAACAUUAGUGCGCCACGAACAACCUAAGGAAUACAUUCAUCACCAGGCGCCAGAGCAUUCGAUCCACAAGGAACCAGCCCCCAUCUACGAAGUGCAAUACCAAACUGUUCCCGAGAGCCAGGAACAGGAAGCGCCAGCGCAAGCUAUUCAUCACCAACCUGCUGCCGAUCAUGAAAUCCAGUUGACCAGUGCCAAGGAAGCCGAACCUACCUACGUUUACGUACAGCAGGAAAAGAAGCCUGUCCAUUUCCAUCAUGGAAUUUCUCUCCAAUCGCUAUACAAGCAAGCUGCCGCUGCUCAAAAAGCACCUGCCACUCAUAAAUAUUAUGCCCAUCAUGAGCCGUCCCACUACGAGUCGCACUACAACCACGAAGCCCUAAGCCACCACCACGCUGCCCAGCACCAUGCUCCUGAGCAUCACGCCGCAUCCCACCACGCAGGCCAUUCCGAGGAAUCCCACGAAGAGCCCAUCGACUAUUACGCGCACCCUAAGUACCAGUACGAGUACAAAGUGGAGGACCCGCACACCGGAGACAGCAAGUUUCAGCACGAAGUUCGCGACGGAGAUGUCGUGAAGGGCGUGUACAGCUUCCAGGAGGCCGAUGGCUCCAUCAGGACUGUGGAAUACACUUCCGACAAGCAUAACGGAUUCAACGCGGUUGUGAAGCACACGGCGCCAAGUCAUCAUGGUCACACCAAGCAACAUCAUGAGAACUAAGUCUUAAGCUGUUUUACUGUUUGUUGUUACAUGUGUAAUUAUAAAUUAAUUUAUUCAUCUUUAUUUACUUCUCUACUAAGGUUUUCCUAUUAAUAAACUUAAGAGACGCUAAACUUCAA